CCCUGCCGCCCAACCCAACAAAGUUGCCGAUCCGGGCAUACAGCCACGCGGUGCUUGCAGGUGUCAAACCAACCCCACAGCUCCGAACCAAACCCCACGGGGUCCCAGGCUCCAGUCAUCCCCGGCAUGUGGUGGUGAUUUGUGUCCGAUAUCUGACACUGGGGGCAAAGGAGCAUAAAACUUGGCGAUGCUCCCCCAUGGCCGUACGCAUCUGCGUUUGGGCGUUUGACCGUUGGCAUACCCAACAUUUCUUCGCAACAUGGACUCGUCGGCUCGCAAGACGGACAUGGACGUCAAGGACAUGGACGCCUUCAAGGAUGAAACACAGCACAUCGACUCGCUCGGCCAUGUGUCCAUCGAUGCGGACAAGGAGAAGAAGCUGCUCCGCAAGCUCGACCUGUGGAUCAGCCCCAUCAUGACCAUCAUCUUCCUGACUGCGUACCUCGACCGGUCAAACAUUGGCAACGCCGCCUCCGCCGGGAUGAUUGCCGAUUUGAACAUGUCGGGUGACGAGCUGGGGAACGCCGUCACCCUCUUCUACGUCACGUACCUCGCAUUCGAGGUGCCCUGCUCGCUCGUGCUGAAAAAGUUCCGCCCAGGCCGCAUGAUUCCGGUCCUCAUCUUCUGCUGGUCGAUUGUCAUUAUCGGAACCGGCUUCAUCCACACCGCGGGACAUCUCUACGCCAGCCGCCUGCUCCUCGGCUCGUUCGAGUCGGGCAUGUUCCCCUGCCUCGCGCUCUACCUCAGCACCUUCUACCAGCCCCACGAGCAGGCUCUGCGGGUGUCGUACCUGUUCGUCUCGGCGGCCCUGUCCGGCUCCUUUGGCGGGCUCUUCGCGUACGCCCUGCUCAAGAUGGACGGCGUCGCCGGCAUGGCGGGCUGGCGGUGGCUCUUCAUCGUCGAGGGCUGCGUCAGCAUCCUGAUUGCCAUCCUCGUCUUCUUCUGCCUCCCCGACAGCUUCGAGACGGCCAGGUUCCUCAACGAGGAGGACCGGGUCCUCAUGCGACUGCGCGCGGAGCGGAGCGCGCGGUACAACGGGCGGCCAGAGUUCGACUGGAAGGACGUGCGGAGCGCGGCGACGGACCCGAAGCUCUACAUCAGCUGCUGGAGCCAGUUCAUGGCCGACACGUGCUCCUUUGGCAUGUCGACCUUUCUCCCGCUCAUCAUCAAGUCUUUCGGCUUCGACACGGUGACCACGCAGCUGCUGACCAUCCCGGUCUUCUUCUGGGCGUCGCUCGCCUACAUCGCCGUGUCCUGGCUGUCGGACCGCUGGAUGCGGCGUGCCUUCUUCAUGAUGCCGGUAUGCGUGGUCACCGCCGUCGGGUACGCCAUCAACAUUGGCCUCCCCGUGAGCUCAAGGGGCGCGCUGUACUUUUCGACGUUUCUCAUCGGCCCGGGCAUCUACGUCAUCGUCGGCCUCAACUGCGCGUGGCUGCUCAACAGCCAUGCCCCGUACUACAAGCGCGCCAUGGCCAUUGGCAUGAAUCAGUCCAUUGGCAACAGCUCUGGGAUCGUGGUCGGCCAGAUCUUCAAGACAAAGGUAAACGGAAAGUACCUCAUGGGCCUGAGCGCGUCGCUGGCCGCGGUGCUCUUGGCCAUGCUGGGCCACCUGUCGCUGUACCUUUACCUCCGCCGACAGAACAGGCUCAGGGACCAGAUGACGGAGGAGGAGCGCCAGAGGGAAAUCUCGAACGGGAAGACGGGUGACCUCCACCCGGACUAUCGGUAUACACUGUAAACUAGAGACUCGCCAGAGGUCCUACGAAGCAAUUUUGUCGUGGACGUGGUAGUUGUGUCACUUUCAUAUCUUGACUUUGACGGGAGCCGGAGCCGUCACCCGACGCCGCCGCGCCGGCCCCACUUCGUCACCGGGAUGCUGCAGGGUUGC